UGGAACGACAUUUCAGUUGAGAGUUUGUCCAAUAACUGUUUUUCAUAGCUCUAAGGAAUAACUAGAUAGAAAUGAAUGAUAUUAUUGCUAGAAAAGGAGUUAAAGACAAUUAUGUCAAAAUGUGUAGCGGCUCGGAAAACAACAAAAUACUGAUAUCAGUGUAAAGUUUAGGAAACCCUUUGGAUUUAAACUUCGUCAUUUUAAGGCUGACAGUGUUGAACUGGAUUUUGUAAUUGUGUAUUCAAUGAAGUGUUUACUGUAAAGCGGAACUUAGGCUCAUAUAAGUAAUGGGUAUUGCGUGUGAAAGAUCAGAGGAUAGUUGUUAACAGAAUAUAAUUAUCUGAUCAAUACAGAUGCAAGGAUUUUGACUAAACAUUCAGUAUUGGCUCAAAUAUGGAAUUUAUAAAGAUGUCUGGCCAAAAAUACACCCGCACAAACUUUGAGGAGGAUGAAAUGUCUGGAGCCGGUACCCCUCCACCAGGAGACUUUAACUCUUCAGUUGUGUAUAAAAGAGGAGCUGGAUUAAAAGGGCGACGGACAUGGCUGGAGGUAAUCUUGCUAGGAACUUUAGGAGUUGCUUCAGUAACAAUCAUAGUCCUGGCAGCCCUCCUCGUGUCCCGUGACAAGCAAAUAGGCAAACUUAGUCUGCAGAAAGCCGGUAGUAAAACAGAAAAGAAACCGGCAACCAUAGCAACAACAAAGAAACCAGAGGUUAAACCUAAAGGUCUUUGUCUGACCCCUACAUGUAUAACUGUUGCAAGUAUGUUGAUCAACUCAAUGGAUACAAGUGUAGACCCAUGUUCUGAUUUCUACCAGUACGCAUGUGGUGGCUGGAUCAACAAACAUGUGAUACCAUCAGGUCACGCCCGCUGGAGCACAUUUGGAGAGCUGUGGAAGUCAAACCAAGAGGUCAUGAAAAGGGUUAUAGAGAGACCAAUUAACACAAGCCAAAGUGAUGCAGAAAUAAAAGCUAAAUUGUACUUUCAAUCAUGUAUGGAUAAAAAUAAAACAAUAGACAAACUUGGAAGCAAACCGUUAGAAAACCUUGUACGGCAGUUCGGUGGUUGGUCAAUAUCAAACAGAACUGGAAUUUGGGAUAAAACUAAAUGGAGCUUCCAGGAUGCACUUGAAAAGAUGAAAGUGUUUGGCGUGUUUUUCUCGUACUACAUUGGAGAAGAUGACAAAAAUUCUAAAAUAAAUAUAAUACAGGUGGAUCAAGGAGGGUUAGGGCUGCCAGAGAGAGAAUACUAUCUAAAUAAAUCAAUCUCUGAGGAUAAAGUUUUGUCGGCUUACCUUGACUACAUGACUAGAGUUGGGGUUUUACUUGGUGGUGAAGAAAAUAGUACGAGAGAUCAGAUGUUAGAAGUUAUAGAGUUCGAGACUAAACUGGCUAACAUAACAGUUCCUAGUGAGCAGCGAAGAGAUGAAGAGCAACUGUACCAUAAAAUGACACUUGGUGAUGUUCAGAAAUUAGCUCCAUUUGUUGAUUGGAUAAAACUUUUAAACAGUAUAUUAUCCAUUUCCAAUGUGACAGUCAAUGCCUCGGAGAAUGUUGUAGUGUAUAUGCCAGGCUACCUACAGAAUCUCACAGAGCUGCUACAACAGAUGUUACAGGAAGAAAAUGGUAACAGGACCUUGCAGAACUACAUGAUGUGGCACGUAGUAAAGGCGAUGACACCAUAUCUAACAAAUGACUUCACUGAUGCCAGAAAUAUUCUUACAGAGGCUAUUUCAGGAACGACAGGUGGGGAGGAGUUGUGGCGACAUUGUAUUACAGACACGGAUCAGGUGCUGGGGUUUGCUCUAGGAUCCUUGUUUGUGCAUGAAGUGUUUAAAGGGGACAGUAAACAAAAGGCUGAAGAUAUGAUAGAAGAAAUAAAGACAGCUUUUAAGAACAACCUACCAAGUUUGAGAUGGAUGGACAAUGAAACAAGGGCUGCUGCAAUUGAUAAGGCCAACUCGGUGAUUGAUAUGAUUGGGUUUCCAGAAUACAUCUUAAACAAAACAAGACUCAAUAAUGAGUACAAAAAUUUGAAGAUCAAUGCAUCAGAAUAUUUCCAGAACAAUAUUAGAAAUCUUUAUUUUGAGCUUCAAAAGAAUGCAGCAUUGUUGAGAAAAUCACCAGAACCAUAUGUCUGGGAUAUGACUCCGCCUACAGUAAAUGCAUAUUACACACCCACCAAGAACGAGAUUGUGUUUCCCGCUGGAAUUUUACAAGCACCAUUUUACAGUCAAGACUGGCCAAAAUCUCUAAACUUUGGUGCUAUGGGAGUGGUUAUGGGUCAUGAAUUAACACAUGGCUUUGAUGAUCAAGGACGGGAGUAUGACAAGUACGGUAACCUCCGUCCGUGGUGGAACAAUGCUUCUGUUGAAAGAUUUGAGGAGAGGACAAAGUGUAUGGCAGACCAGUACGCUAACUACAAACUUAAUGGAGAAAAUGUGAGAGGUAAACAGACACUUGGUGAGAAUAUAGCAGACAAUGGUGGAUUGAAAGCUGCUUAUCAUGCGUAUGAAGACUGGUUGUUAAAACAUGAUGCAGAAUUACCUCUUCCAGGUGUAAAUCUCACUCACAGACAACUUUUCUUCCUUAGUUUUUCACAUGUAUGGUGUUCAAAGAGUACCAAAGAAGCAGACCAUUUACAAAUAUUGAGUGAUCCACAUAGUCCUGGGCAAUUCAGAGUUAUAGGGACCUUGUCAAACUCAGAAGACUUUGCAAGAGAGUACAAUUGUCCAAAAAAUUCCCCAAUGAAUCCAGACAAAAAAUGUAUUGUUUGGUAAAUUGUUGAAGUUGAAUACCAUUUAUGCUUGUUAAGAUAAACAGUGUAGAAUAUAGGGUUCUACUACUUCCGCAUGAUAAUUUAAACAACAGCAUGUUUAUAUUAUUGUUUGAUUGUUAUGGUUUUCAUGCAUCAUUGUGGUCAACAAGGUUGUAAAAGAUUUAAGUUCAGUACAUACUGUAAUGUUAUACAAAAAUAUUUUCUGUAUGGAAACACUUUAAUAAAGAAAAAUCAUAAUUAUCAAACUUGUUAUCGUUCGAGUUAUCAGGCGGGAUUUAAACUUGAGGAUAACUGUGAUGAUUUUGCGACUGAUUAAAGAUAUAAUAUGAGUGUCGUUUGAUACAAUUAAAGUAUGACUGAUUAAUAAAAAGUGAAUAAAGUAUGACAAAAUGAGCUGCGUCAUGAGAAAACCAACAUAGUGGGUUUGCGACCAGCAUGGAUCCAGACCAGCCUGCGCAUCCGCGCAGUCUGGUCAGGCUCCAUGCUGUUCGCUUUUAAAGCCUACUGCAAUUAGAGAAACCAUUAGCGAACAGCAUGGAGCCUGACCAGACUGCGCAGAUGCGCAGGCUGGUCUGGAUCCAUGCUGGUCGCAAACCCACUAUGUUGAUUUUCUCAUGGCACGGCUCAAAUAUGGAAUUCUAAAUGUUGAUUGGAUAACUCUGAUUUCUUGUUUUGUUUAUGAAGUGAAGCCACAUGAAAGUUAUAGUUGUAUAUAAUGAGUAGAUAAUAAUGUUAAAUGUGAUCAUGUUUUGCAUGUAAGAAUAAAAAUCAUUCUGUAUUUAUUUUGACUAAAAGGAAUAAAUACAGCUCAUGGAAAUGUGACGGGUUUAUUUUUUGUAAAUAUUUCUCAUAUUCAUACGUAUUAAGCAGUAACUGUAUAAAACAAUUCAGUCUCAUUAUGAAACGUGAAAGGGAAAGGUAAAAUAUCUUAACUCUUUUUAUUGUUAAUAGGUAAUCAAUCCUACCGAUCCCUCUACGGCAAGGUAAAUUUAUAGUUUGAAAAUCACUCUGUCUUGCCUUUUGUCUCAUUCAUUGACAUAUAUAAAAAUGUAAGAAUUCUUUAUGAGAUCAGAACACCUAAAAAUAGGGAAGAAAAUUGGCUUCCUGAUUGCAAUUUGUAUCUAAUAAUUGUUAUCAUUUGCAUUACUUUAACCUUUAGCCUGUUAGAUAUCUAAAAGGAACUGGUCCAUCACUUAAUUUGGGCAGUACCAUUUAUUAUUCGAAGAGGUGUUCACUGAAAAUUUACUGACUGAAUAGCGAACAGUGCAGACCAUGAUCAGCCUGCACAGAUGUGCAGGCUGAUCUUGGUCUGCACUAGUUGCAAAGGCAGAAUGACAUGCCACCAGCAGGCUAAAGGUUACGUAGAAAUUGUUGUCAUUUGCUUUACAAGAUAGAUCAUUUAUUAAAUUAUUAUAGAUAAAUUUUAUAAUAUCAUUUUACAUUAUUUAUUGCUAGAUCAAACGCUUCCUUUUUGCUAAAAAAAGACGAGAAUGCAUAAUUAUGUCUCCCCCAGGAGACAUAUUGUUUUUGCCCUGUCCGUCCGUCCGUCCGUCCGUCCGUACGUCACACUUCAUUUCCGGGCAGUAACUGGAGAACCAUUUGACCUAGAACCUUGAAACUUCAUAGGGUUGUAGGGCUGCUGGAGUAGACGACCCCUAUUGUUUUUGGGGUCACUCCGUCAAAGGUCAAGGUCACAGGGGCCUGAGCAUUGAAAACCAUUUCCGUUCAAUAACUAGAGAACCACUUGACCCAGAAUGUUGAAACUUCAUAGGAUGAUUGGCCAUGAAGAGUAGAUGUCCCGUAUUGAUUUCGGGGUCACUCCGUCAAAGGUCAAGGUCACAGGGCCCUGAACAUUGAAAACCAUUUCCGAUCAAUAACUAGAGAACCACUUGACCCAGAAUGUUGAAACUUCAUAGGAUGGUUGGUCAUGAAGAGUAGAUGAUCCCUAUUGAUUUUUGGGUCACUCCAUCAAAGGUCAAGGUCACAGGGGCCUGAACAUGGAAAACCAUUUUCGAUCAAUAACUAGAGAACCACUUGACCCAGAAUGUUGAAACUUCAUAGGAUGAUUGUACAUGCAAAGUAGAUGACCCCUAUCAAUUUUGGGGUCACUCCAUUAAAGGUCAAGGUCACAGGUGCCUGAACAUUGAAAACCAUUUUCGGUCAGUAACUUGAGAACCACUUGACCCAGAAUGUUGAAACUUAAUAGGAUGAUUGUUCAUGCAGAGUAGAUGACCCCUAACGAUUUUGGGGUCACUCUGUGAAAGGUCACGGUCACAGGGGCCUGAAUAUUGAAAACCAUUUCUGGUCAGUAACUUGAGAACCACUUGACCCAGAAUGAUGAAACUUCAUAGGAUGAUUGGUCAUGCAGAGUAGAUGACCCUUAACGAUUUUGGGGUCAUCCAUUAAAGGUCAAGGGCACAGGGGCCUGAACAUUGAAAACCAUUUCCGGUCAGUAACUUGAGAACCACUUGACCCAGAAUGUUGAAACUUCAUAGGAUGAUUGUUCAUGCAGAGUAAAUGACCCCUAUUGUUUUUGGGGUCACUCCGUUAAAGGUCAGGGUCACAGGGGCCUGAACAUUGAUAACCAGUUCCGAUCAAUAACUUGAGAACCACUUGACCCAGAAUGUUGAAACUUCAUAGGAUGAUUGAACAUGCAUGGUAGAUGACCCCUAUUGAUUUUGGGGUCAGUCUAUAAAAGGUCAAGGUCACAGGGGCCUGUUCAUGUAAAAUCAUUUUUUGGAAAUAACUUGAGAACCACUUGACCUACAAUGUUGAAACUUAAUAGGAUGAUUGGACAUGCAGAGUAGAUGACCCCUAUUUAUUUUGAGGUCACUUGAUCAAAGGUCAAGGUCACAGGAGCCUGAACAGUGACUUGAGAACCACUAGGCCAAGAGUGUUGAAAUUUAGCGGGAUGACUGGACAUGCCAAGUAGAUGAUCCCUAUUGCAGCCAACCAUCAGUGUCUCUUUGACUUUCGCUCCUGACCCCUAUUGACUUCUUGCCUAUAGGACUUUGCAUUGGGGGAGACAUGCGCUUUUUUACAAAAGCAUUUUCUAGUUUUCAUUUGUGUAUCAGAUGCAUGAUUCCAACAAACUGAAAUGGUUUACUUGUUUCAAAUUAUUAACAGAACACAAUUUAGUUUUAUCACAACAUUGUGGGCGUAAUAGAAAAUGACUAUGUGUUAUGACAUUAAUCACUAUCAAGGUAAGAUAUUAUCAAACCAAAUUUUCAGACCAGUCUAAAUUCUACAUCAUUUGAUUGGUUGUUUCUGGGCACAUUUUUCAAAUUGACCAAUGGGAAGGCUGUAUUCCCAGACUGGUCUCCAAAUUACACUCUUUUGGUUGAUAUUGCUAUUAUGCUAGGUUGCAUUAUUUUUGAAUAGUGUAUAUUACACAUGUUGUGUAGAGUAAAUUUUAGAAUAUUGUUAUUGAUUUAUUUUGUACUUUUGUUUUAAGGAUAUACAUGCAAAUGGGUAAAUGUAGAAAUGGCCAAAAUUUGAAACAUUGCCAGUAUAUAUUUGAACUUUUUGUUUGACAGAGGAAAUGGCUAAGAUGAAAGAUUUCAUUUGUAAAUAUUGUAUGUGUGAAUGAACUUACGAUACUAGAUAGAUGUAUAUGCUAUGUGCCAUGCUAGGUUAUAUAUAUGUAAAUUAGCUUUCUAUAUUUUAGAAAUUGUAUUGCUGGUCAAUGAAUCUAUUAUGUACAAUUGUUAUAACAGAGUUGUGUAAUACCUAGUUUAUCAAAAUGGUUGUUUUAUGUACAUUUAAGAUGUAAAUUGACUUAAUCACUGCAUGAUAAGAAUGUUGGACAAAAUGCCCUACUCAGUGUGUCAAAAACUGAUUUUGUUCAAUAAAAGCUUUUAUAUUUUCAAAAUCAUUGUCAUAAAUAGAAACAAAUUCUUGUGUGUUAUACUUUCUUUAGCUUAUCUGAAAACAAGGGUACAUACCUCUUUCUAAAAAAAUGAAGAUGUUAUUUUAAGAAACUUGAUCAAAUUGAGCAGUAUAGAUUUUGUCUGAGAAAAUUGUGUCUUUAUUCCAUGAUAGUUUUGCUUGUAAUUUUCAAUAAUAUUUCAGUUAAUAUGUACUUGCAAGCAGUUAACCUUACCAGUGUUCCUGGUUUCUGUACCAAAACUUACCUGUUCUCAGUAAGUAAAUGCUGACUUCUGCAGUGUGAAUCAAAGGUGGAGGAUGAAUGAUGUUGGACCCAUGUUCAUCUUUCAAAUUGCCUCAUAGAACAAAUGCCUUGCCUGGUGAACGAACUCGCUGCCCUGAGAUACAUCUGUUCUUUUCUUGUUGGGUUGAGUGGAUGGUAUCUGCAUUGGACUGUUGUAGACUGGUCACAGUGAUUGCAUUUAUAGUCUGUUCUAUAUUUAUGUUCAUUAACUUCUUUUUAUAGUUAUAACAUGGUUAACUUCUUACCCUGCUGAAUGUAAUAUGGUCUGAUAAUACCAGGGUUGCCACUUACCUUAAGAAGUCAGUGAAUUGUCAGGGAAAUCUUGAUAAUGGUCCGUGAAAAAUGAAAUUUUAGAAGUCGGGGAAUAACAAAAUUCUGGCUCGAUGUUUAAAACUACUUACCUUAAUUAAACAUCCACUAGAUGAAAAUAAUUAAGGAUGUAACUCUGUUGUCAAGGUAACACAUGCUGGUUUACCUUGGUAAAUUUAUAUAUCACAUACCAGACCUUAUUAAUUUUUAGCUCACCUGAGCACAAAGUGCUCAUGGUGAGGUAUUGUGAUCACGCUGUGUCCGUCAAGUUGUCCGUCAUCAACAAUUAUGUUUAAACGACAUCUCCUUCAAAACCACUGAAUGGAUUUUGAUGACACUUGGCCUGGAUGUUCCUUGAGUGGUCCUCUUCCAAAGUUGUUCAAACGGCUCCGCUUGGUUGCACAUAGGGGCCACCAGAGCUAAAAAUAGAAAAUUCCUCAAAUGACAUCUCCUCCUAAACCUUUGGUCCGAUUUUAAAAUAAUUUCACACAAAUGGUCCUUCUGUCACCCUCCACAAAGAUUGUUCAAAUUGUACUGAUUCAUCAAAAAAACAUUGCUGCCAGGGGCUGUGAUCACUUUUCCCUAUAUGCAUAUAGUGGAAAUUAAAAAAAUCUUCUUGAAUGUGUGAAACUGCUGGCCCAGUUUUAAAUAAUUUCACACAAAUGGUCCUUGUGUGACCCUGUACCUAGAUUGUUCAAAUUAUUUUGAUUCGUCAAAAAAUAUGGUCGCCAGAGGGCGUGGCCACUUUUCACUAUAUGUAUAUAGAGGAAACUUUAAAAAUCUUCUUGUGUGAAACUGCUGGCCCAAUUUUAGAAUAAUUUCACAGAAAUGGUCCUUGUGUCACCCUCUACCAAUAUUAUUCAAAUUAUUCCGAUUCGUUAAAAAACAUGGCCGCCAGGAGGCAUGGUCACUUUUCAACAAUUUCUUUAAACAUCUCCUCCAAAACCACUGAAUGGAUUUUGAUGAAACUUUACACAAACGAUCUCUGGGAACCCCUCUUUCAAAUUUGUUCUAACGGUUCCGGUUCAUUGAACAUAUGGGUCUUUUUGGUUAAAAAUAGGUUUUCAGCUAUCACACUUAAAAAUCUUUUUCUCUUGAGUUUUGAUAUUUGGCAUGUGAUAUAAGGGUUUAACUCUCUACCAUAAUUGACCAAAUUAUUGCCCUAAGGUCAAAAAUGGCCACGCCCCUGUAUGUGACAUGUACUUACUAUAGGCUUUUAUAUAAGAAACUUUGAAAACCUUCUUCUCUGAAUCAAUAAUGGCUAGAGCCUUGAUUUUUGGCAUAUGAUAUCAGAGUUGUACUGUCUAACUAUGCCCUAGGUUAAAGAAUGUGUGUGACGGCUAUUUUUCAAACAUAGAAGAAACCUAUCAAUACUUGUACCAUUACGUUAUACAAACACACUUAAAGCCUUAUACACAGGUGAGUGCUUUAGGAUCAAUGACCUUUUUGUUUACUUUUCAUUUUCUUCCAGUACAACACAGUCUCAUUAAGAUAUACCGGUAUAGUUAAUAGAUCAAAUUGUCAGUCAUUCAGAAUUGUUUAGAGAGAAUUGAACACAACGUGUUUGGAAUAUUUGACUGCUUGUAUAAUUUAUACAAUAUUAAUGAAAAUGCAUUAUUAAAGUACUAUAAGAGUAUAUAUAUUAAUUGUUUCAUAUUUGAAUAAAACCGUGAUAGUGUUGAACUAGAUUUGAAACUUGGUAAGCUGUUAAAAUUAGCAUUGAAUUACCAGUAUUUGAUAUGAUGGAACAUUGUACUAAAUAUGAAGUCAUAAUGUGUGCACUUUAUUGGGACCAUUGCUACAAUUUUAGCACAAAAAAGAAAUUAAUAAACCUGAAAUUUCAUUUUGUCUAAUCUGUUGAAUACAAAACAAUUUAAUGCAAGAAUUUUUCACUUCAUGUAACCUUGGUUACUUAAAGGAAGUUCAUAUAAUAUAUAUUAACACAAAUAAUUUUUUAUAUAGUAAUCAUGAAGCAUUUUAAAUUGAAUACUGUACAUAAGGCCAUUUUUCACAAGACUUUCUUGUGCGAUUUUACAGACAACAGUCAUACUCCAGUUUUUAAGAAUUUGCGCUUUGUUGUUCAUUAUUGGAGGAGAUACAGUACAGUUUAGCAUUCAAGAGUCGUAAAUCCGCUUGACAUUUUGUUGGCCAGAAUUAGGGAAAAUGCUGUAUAAUAUUCAUGAAUGUCUUGAACUUAGGUGUCGCGAUGUUCGUAAACAUUUUAGUAAAUGUUUCAUCCUGAAGAUCUACCCAGUUUACUGCAUUGAUAUAUGACAUAUGUAAACUAGACUUAAAUUAUUCAUUUGUGUUGAAAGUUUAUUGUAAUUAUUAAUUAUAUAUUGUUACAUUGUUAUUGUAUUGCUUGUUUUAAUUAUACCUAGUUAUUGUUUUUAUCAUAGGAACAUAUUAAAUAGAAUCUCUGCAUCCUGUUAUUGUAAUACAGAUGCUGUUUUCAUUCCAAAAAUUAAAGAUAAUAUAUUCAGUUGCAUGUAAUAUUUGGAGUAAAAGUUUGAAAACAAUUACACAGUUCCUAUCCAGGUUGAAGUAAAAAUAUUUUAAGCUGAAGUAUUGUUUUAGCUCAAGAUGAGAUUUUGUGAUCGCCCUUUGUCCGUCUGUCCACAAUUCCUUGUGGACACAAUAGAGACCACAUUUUGCAAUCAAUUUUAAUCAAACUUGCACGCAACUUGUAUUGGCAUAUACAUGUAUCUUGGUCCCUUUCGAAAACUGGCCUGAUCCCAUCAUGUGUUCCAGAGCAAUGGCCCCUAUUUUGGUUUUUGCAGCCAUAUAGAGACUUUAUUUAUGGUUUGAUUUUAAACAAGCUUGCAAAAUAUUUUUCACAACAAUAGAUUUUGGAUUCCAUGUUGAAUCCGUCAGAUCCAAUCAUAGGUUCUGGAGUGGGGGCCCCUGAUUGAUCCCAUCAUGUGUUCCAGAGCAAUGGCCCCUAAAAGGGCCGAAAUUUGAUAUUUUGAUUUUUGCAGCCAUAUAGAGACUUCAUUUUAGUUUGAUUUUAAAUCCAUCAGAUCCAAUCAUAGGUUCUGGAGUAGAGGCCCCUGAUUGACCACUGAAAGAGCCAAAAUUUGUUAAUUUUUACCUUGUGAACAUGAUACAAAUGAUAUUUUACAUUUGAUUUUAACCACAUUACACACAAGUCACAGUAAGAUCUCGGUUCCUUUCAAAAACAGGCUAGAUUCCAUCAUGGGUUCUAGAGUUACUGCACCUGAAAAGGGCAAAAUUUUCUAUUUUGGCACUUUCAGCCAUAUAAAGGUUUCAUUUAUGCUUUGAUUUGAUACAAACUUGCACGUAAUGUUUAUCUUGAUGAUCUCUAGGCCAAGUUCAAAAAUGGGUCAUGUGGGGCAAAAAACUAGGUAACCAGGUCAGAUUGAAGGAAAAGCUUGUUAACAUCCUAGGGGCCACAUUUAUGACCUAUCUUCAUGAAACUUGGUGGGAAUAUUUAUCUUGAUGAUUCCUCCGCCAAGUUAAAAGCUGGGUCAUGUUGGGUCAAAAACUAGGUCAUGUUGGGCCAAAAACUAGGUCUACCAGUAAUAUUAAAGGAAUAGCUUGUUAACACUCUUGAGUCCAUAUUUAUGACCCAGUCUUCAUGAAACUUGGUAAGAAUGUUUAUCUUGAUGAUUCAUAGGCUGUUUGAAAUUUGGUCAUGUGGGUUCAAAAACUAGGUCAAAGGAAAAGCUGGUUAACACUGUAGAGGCCAUAUUUAUGACCCUAUCUUCAUGAAACUUGGUCAAAAUAUUUAUCUUGGUUAUUCCAGGGCCAGUUUUAACAGGUGAGCGAUAUAGGGUCAUCAUGACCCUCUUGCUUAUUAAAUUAUCAGUAGUGUUUGUGUAAUCAGUAAAACUGAAUUUUACAGCACAAUUUAAAGCAAAUAUAUACUAUAUGAAUUCUAACUGGCCAUUUUCUUGCGAAAUCAGGUAUCAGUUUAACUCCCUGGGGCUGAAAUGCGACUAUAGGCGUUAUAUUUUCUACCCCUGUAGCGUCGAUAUGCGACUAUACGCGCAUUAUCAGGACUCCCCAGGACGGCGAUUGACGAGUAUAGUCGUGGCACCGAGAUCAUGAUGAUUGCGAUAAGUACUUGUUGAUUUUUGAUAAUCUUGACAAAAGCAAAAUUUCUUUGCAUACUGGCUAUUAUUUCUUUGAUGUAAUAAUUACUAGUUGUGCUAAUAAUUAGUUCCCUUGUUAAAAUACAAUGUAAAUGUCUGUAACUAUGCGGUAAUGUAAAUGAAAUAAAAAGACGAUCUCCGCUGUGUUUCGUUCAUACUGUAUUUCAAAAGAGUAAAAUAAUGUCGUCGGCCAGAAAUCUUUCUUAAAAUGAUGAAAAUAUUUAUUUAUUAUCAUGCUGAUUCUGAAAUAUCAGUUCCAUCGGAUGAUGAUUCCGACGAUGCGAUUCCAUUAUCAGAUAAAUGAAUGGUCGGAAAAUGUUAAGUUUUAGAAGGCUGAAAUAUUGGUACACUUACAUUACAUACGAUACAAAUGGAUAAAAAAAUAACACAACAAAGCAUGUUUCAUAAAAUACAAAAAAGUAUAUGUAAAUAAACGCAUGUUUGUAACUUUAAUAAUUAUUCAAAGAUGGAUGUAAAUAUUACAACUUAACUGUCUCAGCGCGUGACACACAACAUUUGUGUACAUGUUUAGAAAUAGAUUAUACAUCAAAAUAAACCACUGAUAUUAAUAUAAAAACGGGUGUAAAUUUAUGUAAUGCUGAUGUAAAUAUUCAGUGUUAAUGAUGCAUUUCUAUUUAUGGGAAUUUAAAUGUUCAAAUAUCUAUUAAACGCAGUAGGUGUGUUAAAAUUAUGAAUAUUUCAAAGUGAAAAUUUCAAUGUUUAUUUCAGUUUACACCCAAGUUAAUCAUGAUUUCAGUUUACACCCAAGUUAAUCCCUGCAUGAUUUCAACUGACUGUAUGCGAGUGUGAUUAUGAUAAGGUUAGAUAAUGUUCUUCGACGUCAGGUGGUAAUUCUUAUCCCGCCGCAGCAGGUAUGUUACGAUAUCGGCCUCAGGGAGUUAAUCAGUAUAUUGGGCAUCUAAAGGCUUAUUAAGUAAAAUGCAAAGAAAGCUGUUAUAUUUCUGAACAAGAUCUCAUUGGGUUGCCGUGAGAUUUAGACAGAUUACACUACAUGUUCAUAUGAGAAUAUUAGAUCUGUUUUAUUUCAUAUCAUUAUAUUUGGUUUAUCAGCAUUUGCUUUUGAUUCCAUACCUCAUGUUUUUAUUUCGAUGUAAAUGAGAUGUGAAACCAAAAUUUGUAGUCCUGUUUGGCGCCAUAUAACCUAUACUGUGUUGGUGCGCCGUAAAACCCGAAUAGAAUAAUCAGCAUUUGCACACAUUCUGCUGGCAGCAUGGGUAAUUUCUAAUACUGCCUUAAUCUCAUUGAUUCGCACCAUUUUCAUACUCUUACAGUAACAACCAUACCCAUUCACUCUAAACAUAAUGUAAGUCAGCUUUGAAUACAUCCUUCGUUUUGUUUAAAUAGGAUCAUUAAAUUUUAUACUUCAGUGUCCCUGCAUCUGCUAUGUGAUGCUAAGUUUCUAUUUAAGAAGGUUUUAUGUGAAGACUUGUGUUGCUGAUAAAAAGAAAAUAAAUAAGAUAUUUCUAAGAAA